CUGCCUGCCGCCGCCGCCGCCGCCGCCGCAGUCCUUAGCUUCCCGGGGACAGGAAACCUUCGAGACCGAGCUGCCACUGCCGCCUCCCCGCCUGCCCCCCAUUCCGCGCGCCUGCCACACCCUCCUCCCCUUCUUCCAGUAUCUUCCGGUGGGGCACUGUAGGGACUCGGCCCGCGCUGCAGUCUCCCCCUCCCGGGGGAAAGCUGUGACCCCCCCCGCAGGAGCGGCGGGGCGGGGUGGGGGGGCCCGGGAGAAGAUGGCGACGCCGGGAAGCGAACCCCAACCUUUCGUCCCUGCCCUCUCGGUGGUUACUCUGCACCCACAUCACCAUCCCCACCACCACCACCACCACCACCAUCAGCACCACGGAGGAACCGGAGCCAGCAGCGGGGUCGGGGGAGGCGGCGGCGGCGGCGGCAGCGGGGGCUUCAACCUGCCCUUGAACCGGGGGCUGGAGCGCGCGCUGGAGGAAGCGGCCAAUUCCGGGGGGUUGAACCUCAGCGCCAGGAAAUUGAAGGAAUUUCCCAGGACCGCGGCCCCAGGGCACGACCUCUCGGACACGGUGCAGGCAGAUUUAUCUAAAAACAGACUGGUCGAAGUCCCAAUGGAAUUGUGCCAUUUUGUAUCACUGGAAAUUCUUAAUCUGUAUCAUAAUUGCAUCAGAGUCAUUCCUGAGGCCAUUAUUAAUCUGCAGAUGCUGACUUACUUAAACUUGAGUCGAAAUCAGCUGUCUGCCCUGCCUGCCUGCCUGUGUGGUCUGCCUCUCAAAGUCUUAAUUGCAAGUAACAACAAACUUGGAUCGCUGCCAGAAGAGAUAGGUCAGCUCAAACAGUUGAUGGAGUUGGAUGUCAGCUGCAACGAGAUCACGGCCUUGCCCCAGCAGAUAGGUCAGUUGAAAUCUCUACGGGAACUGAAUGUCAGAAGAAAUUACCUUAAAGUUUUACCACAAGAACUAGUAGAUCUUCCCUUGGUAAAGUUUGACUUUUCCUGCAAUAAAGUGCUCGUGAUUCCCAUUUGUUUUAGACAGAUGAAACAGCUGCAAGUAUUACUACUUGAGAACAACCCUUUGCAGUCUCCUCCAGCACAGAUUUGCACAAAGGGCAAAGUGCACAUAUUCAAGUAUCUGAGCAUACAAGCAUGUCAGAUUAAGACAGCUGACUCCCUUGAUCUCCACACGAUGGAGAGGCCACAUUUCCACCAGCCCGUGGAGGAUAGCAAGAAGGAUUCUGAUUCGGGUGUCGGAAGUGAUAAUGGAGAUAAGCGUUUAUCUGCCACAGAGCCUUCUGAUGAAGACACUGUUAGCCUCAAUGUGCCAAUGUCAAACAUCAUGGAAGAAGAACAGAUCAUCAAGGAGGACUCAUGCCAUCACCGUAGCCCAGUUAAAGGGGACUUUCAUCAGGAAUUUCAACCAGAGCCUUCCCUUUUGGGUGACAAUGACAACUCAGGAGAAGGAAGAGGCCAAUUUACUGAUGGAACAGAUGUUCUCCGUUCAGAAUUUAUAACCUAUAUUAAGGAUAGGGCUGAGGACUGUGAAGAACUGUUACGGAUAGAAGAGGACACGCACUGGCAACCUGAGGGAAUAAUAAGUUCAUCCAAAGACCAGGACAUGGAUAUAGCGAUGAUUGAACAACUGAGAGAAGCAGUAGAUUUGCUGCAAGAUCCCAACAGAUUAAGCACUGAUAUUACAGAGAGAAAUGUUGUAAACUUUUAUCCUGUGGAAUCAGCAGAAGCCUUAGACUUACAAGAUUCUGCACUAAAUGGUCAAAUACAGCUGGAGACCUCUCCGGUGUGUGAGGUGCAAAAUGAUCUCACAUCACAGAGCAAUGGGAGCGAGUAUUCUCCAAAUGAGAUGAGAGGGAACUCGCCUGCCAUCUCUCCCACCACCAACAGCACAGCUCCAUUUGGCCUCAAGCCUCGAUCAGUGUUUCUAAGACCUCAGAGAAAUUUGGAAUCUAUAGACCCACAGUUUACAAUUCGGAGGAAAAUGGAACAGAUGAGAGAGGAGAAGGAACUGGUGGAACAACUCCGUGAGAGCAUCGAGAUGAGACUCAAGGUCAGCCUGCACGAAGACCUGGGGGCCGCACUCAUGGAUGGCGUGGUCCUCUGCCACCUGGUCAAUCACAUCCGCCCGCGAUCCGUCGCAAGCAUCCACGUCCCCUCACCAGCAGUUCCCAAACUUAGCAUGGCCAAAUGCAGAAGAAAUGUGGAAAACUUUUUGGAAGCAUGCCGAAAAUUAGGAGUACCAGAGGAAAAACUGUGUCUACCCCAUCACAUCCUUGAAGAGAAAGGCCUGGUCAAAGUGGGCAUUACCGUUCAAGCGUUACUAGAUGUAACGGUAACGAAGACUCUGUUCACAUGAAACCAGCCCCUCUCCUUGGGGUCGGUUCAGACUCUCCUCUCGUCCGAAGUCCUGGACUCUGCUCUCAGCACCCGCUCCUCCUGCCCUCCCACUCACUGCCUGUCAGUUCCCUGGCUCUGGUUGCAUCGAAGGGAGGACAGAAGGGAAGAUUGUCCGCCUUCCAGAACUGACUUCCAUUGUUAAGAUAGGAGAGAUACUUACCUUAAAGCCAGUGAGGGAGCUGCCAGCGAAGACCUGAGCAGCACAUCAAUGCCUUUUACAACCUCCUUCAUCCCUUCCACGCUCACCUACUGCCAUUACCAACACACCAAGCACAACCGUUUUGCAACAAGAUGCAUUUGUUUUAUUCAAACCAAACUUCUUGUGUAUUUAGUGGGGGGAGGGGGACACAAUCAGGUUUCUCACCACCAAAUUUUUCAAGACGUUUCUUGAGACCAUUGCCUUUUAAAAAACUAUUUUCGACAUACAAAAUAUUUAUAUAAAUAUUAUUUAUUAGUGAGUUGUUAUUCAUCCUUUGGAUGCAAAUUGUAAAUUAGGAAACUAUUUUAUUACUGCUUUUUUGUGGUUAAACACUUUAUUUUAAUAUUAUAAAUAUUGAAUUAUUUUCUAUCCUCUUUGGUGUGCAGUAGUUCUAGGUCUCAGUAAUCAUGUAUUCUGGUGUAUGUGACUCAGCAAAAAAAAAAAAAAAAAAAAAAUUUAAGCCAAAAACAGGUGCUUCUGUGACAAGAACUGUUUUCUGGGGAGGCAUUAUUUACACUUAGGUUUAUGGAACAUGGUUUUAUUUAUAUUUCUGCAUUCCAUCCAGUUUCCUACAUUCCAGCAGCCCUGUUGUCCUCUCACAUAACAAACCGACUGAAAUCAAGAGAGCACCCCAAAGUUAUUUGUAAAUAGCUGUGAUGAAGAAAAAAAAAGGCAUAUUAAACUUGAAGAUGAAAUGUGAACAAUUAUUUUUUUGGAUUCAGACUUAUUUUGCUAUGCACAAAACAUUCACGUUUUAACACAAAGAACUCGUAAGUGUUAGCGUCAUGUGUCUUGAAGUAUAAUUUUGCACUGUAACUUGGCUAAUGAAAGAAAGUCUAGCACCAAAGGUAGAUAAUAAGGAAAUGGUCUAGGUAAGUAGAGAUAAGAAAAAGUCUAUUGUUUGACGACAAAGCUUUUGUAAGGACAGCUUUGACUGAGUGAGCAAGAAUGGCACACGGCACAUAGGACCUGGAUCAGGACCAGCCCUUCUCACAGCUGCCAGCCUGUCUUAAAAGAGAAAAUGAUUCCGAGAGGCAGACGUGCUCGUUUCAUUGUAAUUUAGUCGGCGGCUUCCCUAAAACGCUGCAGAAUUCACGGCCUCUGCUGUGAAACCACGGGAAUGAGUCCCCCACUGGGGGGGGCAGCCACCCGUUACACCAACACAGGCUCAGGAACGGGCUCGGGAAGGGCUGUUGGGAGACGGAGUAGCCUAGGAAGGAGGAAGUUCAGUCAAAACAAGGCUAAGAAGAGCCAGCAAAGGAAAGGGACCUGUGCUGGCUUGAGGGACUCACGUAAGGCGUCACAGACACGCUUCCACGCGUGGGCAUUGGCCCCGCAGUUACAGAUAGCCCGCUCGUUCGUCUUCCAAAGUCUCGAGAAGGUCGACUGCAGCCUCACUUCCAUGAGAAGCCGUUGUAAGUGUCGGGAGACAGAUACCCGGGUGGGCGCUGCGAGGAUGGGAGGCACUGAACACAGACGCCCGUCAGUCAAUGCCACGGCUGCCCUGUGCCGGGGGCGAGAUAGGGGCGGUUACUGGAAACGGUCAUUUGGAUUGGCAGCUAGCAGUUAUUUCCUGUCAGAUGUACUGUGCACUUUAACCUAACAUAAGAUAUAUUUUAAUAUGUUCCUGUACUGCACAAAUACCUGUUCUGUCAAAUAGCGUCAUGAUGUAAAAGAGAAAGGCGUUUUGGGCAAAGAGCCUAUUCAAGGUCAACAACAUGCCAAGGUCGAUAUGGAAAUAAGAAUGCAGAUUGCCGCACCUUGACGGGCAUUCAGAACGCAGGGUCCUGAAAUAUUUUUUUUACGUGUGUAUAUGGCAAACAUGAAGCUCUGUAAUCCUUGUUCUGAGAGAUUUUCCCCCCCAAAUUAAAAUAUUUCUUUUGAUACUAAUCUUCAGUAUUUUUCUUAAAGUUGGCUGUAUAAUACAAAUGACUUCAA